AUGCCUACUAAAUGUACUGGAGCAAAAUAAUUAAUAAAAAUCCAAAAUGAAUGUGUUUAUUAAACUAUAGCAUAUUAAGCCGAUUUUUAUUUCGAUAAUAAAACAUUUAAGCCUUUUAAAUUAGCUUUAGAUUUAAGAACUCCAUGGAGUUGGUUAAAAAGUCCUGUAUGUAGAACAUUUACACGAGCAGGUGAAGAAAAGAAUUAAAAUUGUAAUUAUUAUUAAGAUAAUAACUCAAAAUGGUAUAAUUAAACAUAUGAAUGUUAAUCUAAUUAUUGUAAAAAAGUAUAAAGUAGAUGUGGUGAAAUCGAUUAUAUAUAAGAAGGACUUUCUGUUAUUGGUUAAUUUGUUACUACAUAAAUUUAUUUUAAAGACAAAAACUUUGGAAAAAAACCUAUUAAAAAUUGGUAAAUUUUAUGGGCUCAUGGGCUUUCUGGUUAGUCAGAUUUGGAUGCCGAUGGAGUUUUAGGUUUAGGUCUUUAGCAUGUUUAAGAUAAAGAUAUGGAUGAAGAAGAUUAUGAAAAAGAAGAAGAAGAUCCAUAAAUUUAUUUUGAAUAAUUUACUGAUUUAUGGGGAGCUAUUAAUUCAGUUUAUAAAAAAAUAAAAGCAGAGACAUUCGCUUUAUAUUUAGCAGAACAUAAUUCACUAAAAAAAACACUAUUAAUUGGCGAAAAAGUUGUAAAUAUAACUGAUUAUAUUCAUUUACCAGAAAGUUUUUAAUUAUCAUAUACUCCAGUACCAGAUUUAGAAUUUUCCUCUCCUGAAGAAUACGCCCGUGUAUAUUUUUAAUGGAAAGUUCCUUUAAGAUAAAUAGUAUUCAGUUUUGAUCCUAUUUAAAAAAUGGAAUAGAUGAUUAAGGAAGUCCUCAACAAGUAAUUUUAGGGUAUAAUAAUAGGACAGAAAUAAAACUAUAAUAAGAAGCUUAAUUAAGUUUAUAAACAUCGGCUUUGAUUUUACCACAAUAAAUAAUAGACGAUAUAAUUAAUAAUCUUAAUAAAAUAUAUAAUGUUAAUUGUGAUUUAAAAUCCAAAUUUAUCAAUUUCUUAUAAUGUAAUGACAUGAAAAAACAAUUAGAUACUGAAAAUUUAUAAGUAACUAUACAUUUAGAUUCAAUUGAUAGUAAUUAACCAGUAAUACUUUAUAUGAAUUCAAAAGAUUUAGUAUUAGGAUGUUAAAAAAAUAAGAAAAAACUAUUUAAUUGUUAACUAAAUAUAUAAUUAAGUCAUGAUAAUAAAAUAAUACUAGGAGAUUCUGCUUUCCGUAAUAAUUUCAUGGUCUUUGAUAUUGCAAACAGAAAAAUAGGUUUCGCUCCUGCAAAAUCAAUUUAUAAUGAAAAAACUCUCAUGAGUGAAUUAAUUGAAAUUAUUAGUGAAGUAGAAGAUGUUAUUUAAUAAGAUAUUAUUUUUUUAAUUAGAUUUUUCGCAUUAGUUGUUAUUUCAGCUAUUAUUCUUUUCUGUUUUGUAAAUGGAAAAAAAGUCUAUAAAAUCCUAUAGAGAAGAUUUAGAUAUAAAACUGUUAAUGAUCCAUCUGAAAUAGCCUAUUAAGCUACUAAUAUUAGCAUUAGAAGAAAUAUUACGGAUGAUAGUAAUGUUAUUGAAUAAAUUUAAGAAUUAGAAUAAGAUGAAAGAUUAGAUGCUCUUUGAAAGUGUUAUU